UUUCAUGGAGAAAUUAAUGGCGAAAAUAUUUUGCUUUUACGACGAGCAGUCUCUAAUCGAUGUGACAUUUAAAUUUACGAACUCAACGGCUGUUAUACCCGCGCAUCGUUUGAUACUCGCAGCAGCGAGUCCUUACUUUGAGAACAUUUUCAAUAGCGAGCAAGGCAAUAAUUCCGUUAUCGAAAUAAAUGAUAUCGAUAGCGAUAUUUUUGAGCGUCUAAUAGCCUUUUGUUACACCGGCCAGACACUCAUUACCGUUAACAAUGUCGGUGCUAUGGUAAAAGCGGCAAUCGUUUUGCAGUUGGACGAUGCCAUAACCAGUAGCGUGGACUACCUUAUGUCACAUAUCGAUGAAUAUACAUUGCAGGGUGCUUACACGCUAGAGCGUGAAACGCAAUGUGAAUUUCUUAAGCAGAAAAUCAUCGAAUUCGAAACACAGAAUUUUAUGAAGAUCAGCCAAAGCAAUGAGUUUUUGAAUUUUGAUGUUGAAAAAAUGCAACGUCUUCUGGAAUCUGACAAUUUAAAUAUAGCCCGUGAGAAAGAUGCCUACGAUGCCAUAAAACGCUGGUUCAAUUUCGAUGUUCCAGCGCGUCAAGAGCACCUGCCACUUUUAAUAGCUUGUCUCCGGCUUAUCCAAUUCGAUGCAGACUUUCUGUUGACACACAUACAUCCACUACCUGGCUGUGAGCUGCUGACCUUCAAGGCAUUAUUGUGGAUCUGUAAGCCUGAAGCACGAACAAAGAUAAAUUUGCGAUUUACAGAACCACGUGGAAUCAGUGGUACAAAUUGGGUUGAGAAAACAAUCCUAGCGCUUUGCUCAUCGAUCAAUCCUAAGCUACUGCAAUAUAACAAAGCUGAGGAUAAGUGGCAAGAAUAUGCGAGUAUAAAAUACAAAUACCGAUGGUAUGGAACUAUUUUAAAGGAUGAUAAUUUAUUAUUUAUUGGCGGUAAUAAAAAAGGUGAAUCAGUCAACAUUGUCCGCAGCUGGAAUAUUCGGAAUAAGACUUGGCAAAAUUUGCCCGUCAUGAACCAAGCAAGAGACGAACACUGUGUUGUCGAAUUAGAUGGUAAAAUCUACGCGAUUGGUGGUAGUGAGGGAAAUAAUACUCUGUCGUCGGUGGAAAGAUAUACGACUUCUGAAGGUUGGAAGUUCGUGAACAGCUUGAUUGUUGGACGAUUUCAGGCCAGUGCAGUGAGUUUGAAUAGUAAAAUAUACAUAAUGGGCGGCUAUAAUGUCGAUAGCUACCUAAAAUCUAUCGAAUGCUACAACCCGGAUUCGAAUACAUGGACUUCUUGCGCGAAAAUGACAGGAUUUCACACUGAUCCUAUUACAGCUGCACAUAAGGGUCACAUUUAUGUUUUAAGCAAUAAAGACAAUAACUGCCUUGUUGAACGUUACAAUCCUCAGCAAGACACAUGGUCUAAGAUUUGCUCUUUGCAAGUUAGCGGUGAUCUUCUAGCUAGCGUAUCGCUGGGGAAUAAACUAUGGGCUAUUGGUGGCAUCUCUGCUGGCAAGAUAUGUGUAUCAGUCUAUGAUGAGGAAAAUGACCAAUGGAGACAAAAGUGCUCAUUACCUCAAAUAGAUUUUUAUUCCUGUUUGGUUGUGCCUGAAGCUUUACUGGCGUAGAAAUGAAUAAACAAU